AGUUCUCACUCCUCACCCUCCACUGGUUCAGUAAUGGCUCCUACUACAAGACUAGUAGUUCCAAUUGAUCUGACAAAGAAGCCAUGUGAACAGAAGGUACCUCUUCACAACCGUUGGCACCCAGACAUACCUGCUGUUGCAGAUGUUACAGAAGGUGAGGUGUUUAGAGUUGAGAUGUUAGACUGUAAUGGAGGAGCCGUUGGAGACAAUGACAGUGCCCUUGAUAUAAAAAACUCAAAUCUUUUUUCUGCACACUAUCUCAGCGGACCCAUUCGAGUAUUGGACAAAGAAGGCGUGGCAGCUAAGCCAGGUGAUCUUCUUGCAGUUGAAAUCUGCAACUUGGGUCCUCUUCCUGGAUCUGAAUGGGGUUAUACAGCAUCAAUGGACAGAGAACAUGGGGGUAGUUUUCUUACCGAUCAUUUCCCUGCUGCAACCAAAGCUAUUUGGUACUUUGAAGGGAUAUAUUGCUACUCUCCUCAGAUACCAGGUGUUCGAUUUCCUGGUAUAACUCACCCUGGUCUUAUUGGCACUGCACCAUCAAUGGAACUCCUAAACAUAUGGAAUGAAAGGGAAAGAGAAAUUCAAGAAAAUGGCCACAAGUCUAUGACACUGACUGAGGUCCUGCACCAACGACCAUUUGCAGGUCUGCCAAUACCAGAAUCCUGCCUUCUUGGAAAGAUUGAAGAUGGAACACCAGAAUGGGAGAAAAUUGCAAAAGAGGCUGCAAGGACAAUUCCUGGAAGAGAAAAUGGAGGAAACUGUGAUAUCAAGAAUCUCAGCAGAGGUUCAAAAGUAUACCUUCCAGUAUUUGUAGAUGGAGCGAAUCUUAGCAUGGGUGACAUGCACUUCUCUCAGGGUGAUGGUGAAGUUUCAUUCUGUGGAGCAAUAGAGAUGAAUGGAUUUCUAGAGCUCAAGUGUGAAAUCAUAAGGGGUGGAAUGAAAGAGUACCUCACACCAAUGGGUCCAACUCCUCUUCAUGUAAACCCAAUCUUUGAGAUUGGCCCAGUUGAACCAAGAUUCUCAGAAUGGUUAGUAUUUGAGGGUGUCAGUGUCGACGAGAGUGGGAAGCAACAUUAUCUUGAUGCAAGUGUUGCAUUCAAGCGUGCAGUACUCAAUGCCAUCGACUAUAUCUCUAAAUUUGGAUACAGUAAAGAACAGGUCUAUCUUCUGCUAGCAGCAUGCCCCUGUGAAGGAAGAAUUGCAGCAAUAGUUGAUGCUCCCAAUGCCUGUGCAACUCUUGCUAUUCCAACAGCUAUAUUCGACCAGGAUAUUCGCCCAAAAUCUGGCAAAGUACCAGUGGGACCCCGGGUGAUAAGGAAACCAGAUGUUCUGAAAUGCACUUAUGAUGGAAACUUGCCCAUCACAGAGAACCCCGGUGCCAGAGCUUAAUCAUUAUCAGAGAAACCAAGAGCUAGAAGAAGCUUCACUAGUUGACUGCAUGUUUCAUACAGAAGCUAUGUUGCAGGAUCCUUAAAAACCUAGAAUUAAGAGAGGAAAACCCCCAUACUAGUGCACUUCAAAUAAAUGGAAUCAUUCACUCAUAUGAUAAUUAAAUAAAAUAUUGUAUGGUGCUUUGAUGUUGAAGCUUCUGGUACUAAAAUGAUGAAUGUGGAAUGCUGAACAGAAGACCUAAUACUUUUUUCUUUCA